AUUUCGUCCGUCGUCACUCUUGUUUGACGAGUUUGUGGUUUCUUAGGGUUUUGUGAUCUGCAAUGGCGAAUCUAAUGCAUAGGUUCUUCAAGAAUAAGUCUUGCUUCAGUUCAAUCCAGAGGCUUACUGCACCUUCUCUGUUUACUUACCAGAAGCCCUCCUUCUUUAUCAACAGCAACAUCGAGUCUGCUUUUGAGAAGCCCGAUCCAGUUUCUCUCGCUAACCCUGUGAUUACAGUCUCCCGGAAUGAAUUCAAUAAUCAACCUAUGCGAUUUUACCCAAGUUUCUCUAUGGGGUUAUGCUUGAAUCCCAGUAAGAUCCAAGGUCUGGAUCUAGCUGAAGCAACACCACUGGAGGAGGAGGAAGAUGCGAAGGAGAUUGUGAUUUACGCUGAUAGUGUGAAGAAGAAGAGGAAGAAGAAGAUGAACAAGCACAAGUAUAGGAAACUCAGGAAACAGCUUGCUCGCAAGACGUAGAAUUUGCUGCUUUUUUUGCUUUUCCGGUGAGAUUUUUACUCCUUUCAUGUCUUCUCUGAGAUUGGGAUUCAAAGGGUGAACCUUUUUUUCUUGAAUUAGAAGGAAAUGUUUCUAAAUAUCUUUGAAUAGCUUUGAGAUUUCCAAAUUCCAUAUUACAUUGCACUGUCAUUAGUCUGUGUUCUUCGUUUGUUUUGCCAACACAAUUCUAAUAAAUAUUUUGCGCAUUUCGCACAA